AUGGGCAUAUUAAAGCAGAAAAAGGUCGUCAGACCUCCGAAAGGCCUUAUCCCGGGUCAGCGCCGCCCCGCAAACAUUCGCUAUGUAUACUCCCUCACUUCUUUCGUCUGCCUCGGCUCUUUUCUCUUCGGGUGGAAUCAAGGCGUCAUGUCCAUGAUCAUUGCCGAUGCCAGAUGGCUGGACCUAAUGAAACCUGCCAAUGAUUGGACCAUUGGUUUUGUCGUCAGUAUAUACAAUAUAGGCUGUGCCUUGGGGGCCAUGACAGUUGGUUUCUUUGCUGAUUCGAUUGGACGAGAGCGAACAAUUUCCCUAGCAACGAUCAUCUUCAUUGCUGGGGCAUUGCUGCAAGCUGUGUCAUAUACUAUAACGCAAAUGACCUUGGGCCGCUUGAUAUUGGGCGUCGGUGUAGGGGCCUAUUCAGCUGGCGUGCCGCUGUACAUCACGGAGAUCGCGCCGGCCGCCGUUCGCGGCAGAAUCGGAGCCAUCAAUUUGAUGAUUCUUUGCUUCGCCGAGAUGGUUGUUUUCUUCGUUGUUUACGGCUUCUUCUUCGUCGAGUCGAACGAUUGGUGGAGGUAUCCCAUCGGAAUUCAAGUUCUGCCGGCUUUGGUCCUAGCAUUGGGUUGCUGGAGCUGGGUUCCGCCGUCACCUCGGUGGCUCGUGGCACAAGAGCGUUACGACUGCGCGCAUGAAGUGCUCUCUAGACUCCAUGGCUCGGAUGUUGCUGAAUUUGAGAUGAAGGAGAUUCGAAACUCGCUCUCCGUAGAGGGGGCAAGUUCGCAGGGUAUAUGGGCAGACAUGUUCCGGCAGCCUGUUCUUCGGAUAACCUUUCUUGGAACCACGAUCCAGUUUUUGCAGCAAAUUACGGGGACUAACUCAAUCUUCUACUGUCGUGUGAGCGUACCAUGCGGUCCUUCCUGGUCGUACCCAACUGCUAACCUUUCCACAAGCGCACCGACACUGUUUAUGAGGGGAGGUCUUAGUGCCGAGAGCGCGAACCUAGCAACUGCAGGAGUCGGUGUCGUGCUCUUCUUUGCAGCGUGGAUACCAGUCUUUUUCUUCGACAAACUUGGCAGGAAAACCUGGCUUCAGAUUGGUACCGUCGGAAUGUUCGGUUCAUUGAUUGGAAUAGCAGCAUUUCUCCGCCACGCCGAACACUAUCCUGGCGACCCAACAAACAAUGGCAUCGUGGCCUUUCCCUAUCUCUUCUACACUUUUUUCAACAUGAGCUGGAGCUCCGGCUCUUGGACUUACGCUGCGGAGAUUUUCCCUAUUUCGCUUCGGGCCAAGGGGAAUGCACUCUGCACAGCCUCGUUAUGGAUAUCCAAUUUCAUCGUUGCGCAGACAACGCCUCCGAUAGCCAGCGCUAUAGGCUGGGGUCUUUACGUCCUGUUGGCAUUCUUUUGUGUAAUCGCUUUCUUAUUCGUAAGAUUUGCUCUUGUGGAAACAAGAGGUCGAUCACUUGAGGAGAUGGCUGAAUUGUUCGGCGUAGAGGACGGCACGAUGAAGCAAGACACCGAAGAUUCUGAACGAAACGAAUUACUUCGCCAUAGUUCUGACUCUAUGGAAGACACGUUUUAA